AUGUUCUGGGUUAAAGCAAGGCAAGCUGUGCGGAUAGGAAUCACAGAGCUCUUACUGGGUCAACAGCAGAUGUUGCAGAUGAGCUGUGAAGAAAGCAGACAGGCUUUUGGGCACAGCAGGGCACCAAAGGCAUCCCAGGCUCUCUCAUGCCUUGCCUCGCUCUUCUCCCUUCCUAAACCCUUCUCCCGAAGGAUGGCAGCCGCCUCUUUCCGCUACGGCCUGACCAUCACGGGGGCCGUGCUGCUGGUGACGGGGACGCUGUGCUUUGCCUGGUGGAGCGAUGGCGAGGUGGGCUCCGGCAGCGGGGCUCGCCUCCUGCCUCCCCGGGAAGCCGAGGCCGUCCCCAGCUCCUCCUCCUCCUCCAGCGCCCUGCUCCGCUCCGUCAGCUUCUUCUGCUGCGGCAUCGGCGGCAUCCUCCUCAUCUUCGGCCUCCUGUGGUCGGUGAAGGCCAACGCCAGGGUGGUGUCCCGGCGCUACCAGUACCAUUUCCCCAGGGACCUGCAGUACUUCACGGCCGAGCCCCCGGAGAAGUGGAACUGCAGCACCUGGGACUCCAGUGCCAUCCCCACCUACGAAGAAGCCCUGAGCUGCAGACCUGCCCACGCUGCCCCGGCCUUUGUGCAGCCGCCGGGGAGGAAGGAGGAGCUCACGCCGCCCCUGUACCGCUACCUGGAGGAGGACGAGGGCUGGCAGGGCGGCCGGCGGCGCAGCUCCUCCGACAGCGCCUUGUUCCGCCCCAGCCCGGCCCGGCUGGACGCGGCGCAGCCCCGGGAGCCGCGGGCGACGCCGCCGCCCAGCUACGAGAACAUCAUCGUGCGGGGGCUCUGAGCCGGGCCAGCCCGGCCGGGACUGCGGCUCCUGCCCGGCCCCUCGGCUUCAAACUCAGCCUCUCCCUGCCGGGGCUGGGAGCAGCCUGGGCGAGCAGUGGGAAGGCUCAGCCCGGCUUUCCCGGCCGGCCGAGCGCUGCCUCCGGCGCUGGGGGACCGUGGGCUCUGCGGGAGAUGUGUUCAGAGCGUCGGGGGUAGCUGGCAUGUUGGAAAGCUUUCAUAUUUUUAAUAAAACCGCGGCUGGUUUCAGAGGCUUUGCAUUCCCUGCUCACCCUGGGGAGCUCCUGUCAGGCUGGGAGCUGCCCACUCAAUAAUAAAUCUGCAGCACAGACCGAGUAAUUUGGGCAGAGAAAGCCCAGCUCUGUCUCCACCAUUCACUUCUCUGCCUUUGCAAUGCCCCUCCAGCCCUGUCUCCAUCCCUUCCACCUCGCUUCCCUGAACACCAACUCCCCACACCUCACUUCGUUGGGUGUCAGAGAUGCUCAGCGGGUCGUGCCUGUGGUCAGAGCAUCCAAGUGCACUCGGCGUGUCAGGCAGCCUCCUAGAAAAGCCAUCCCGAGUGGCACAGCCCCUCCCUCCCUGCCCUCCACGGCUGGGGGUGCAGCCUGGCCCAGAGGAAAGGGCAGCUGUGGCAGGGGUUGCUGCCAGUUCCUGCAUCCCACCGAAAUUCAGCGCUGCCCUGGGCCCCUGUGGCCCCGCAGCACUGCAGAGUGGCUCCCCAGCCACUCUGACAUACUGUUUAUAAUACAAUUAUUUGUCAUAAACCAGGUGUAUCAAGGGAAUAAAAUGAGGGAAUAAAACCAA